AUGAGGUGGCUCCUGCCCUGGACGCUGGCAGCUGUGGCAGUCCUGGUGGCGGGCAGCGUCCUGGCCACGGUCAUCUCUCCGACCCCCACAACCAUGACUUUCACUCCAGUGCCCCCAGAGGUCGCAACUACACGCCCCGAGUUCUGCAAGUGGCCCUGUGAAUGCCCACAGUCUCCACCUCGCUGCCCACUGGGUGUCAGCCUUAUCACAGACGGCUGUGAAUGCUGUAAGAUAUGUGCCCAGCAGCUCGGGGACAACUGCACAGAGGCUGCCGUCUGUGACCCGCACCGGGGCCUCUACUGCGAUUACAGUGGGGACUGGCCGAGGUACGCAAUAGGAGUGUGUGCACAGGUGGUCGGUGUGGGCUGCGUCCUGGAUGGCGUGCGUUACACCAAUGGCGAGUCCUUCCAGCCCAACUGCAGGUAUAACUGCACGUGCAUUGACGGUACAGUGGGCUGCACACCACUGUGCCUCAGCCCCAGGCCCCCGCGCCUCUGGUGCCGACAACCCCGGCAUGUGAGGGUGCCUGGCCAGUGCUGUGAGCAGUGGGUAUGCGACGAUGAUGCAAGGAGGCCACGCCAGACGGCACUGCUGGACACCAGAGCCUUUGCAGCUUCAGGCACAGUGGAGCAAUGGCACGGAAACUGCAUAGCCUACACCAGCCCCUGGAGUCCUUGUUCAACCACCUGUGGUCUAGGAAUCUCAACUCGGAUCUCUAAUGUCAAUGCCCGGUGCUGGCCGGAGCAGGAAAGUCGCCUCUGCAAUCUGCGGCCAUGUGAAGUGGACAUCCAUCCAUACAUCAAGGCCGGGAAGAAGUGUCUGGCUGUGUACCAGCCGGAGGAGCCCAUGAACUUCACUCUCGCGGGCUGUGUUAGCACCCGCGCCUACCGACCCAAGUACUGUGGAGUCUGCACUGACAACAGGUGCUGUAUCCCCUACAAGUCCAAGACCAUCAGUGUCACAUUCCAGUGUCCAGAAGGGCCGAGUUUCUCACGUCAGGUCCUAUGGAUCAAUGCUUGCUUCUGCAACCUGAGCUGCAGGAAUCCAAAUGAUAUCUUUGCAGACUUGGACUCUUACCCUGACUUCUCAGAGAUUGCCAAUUAGGUAGGUGUGUAGCUCGGGGUAAAAAGCCCCAUGUUUACAAAGCAUCCAGUCUCUGUGACCCAGGACUUCACAAGUGAGUCUUAUUCCAUCUACUUCCUACUCAAUUCUAAAUUCCCUGAACCUGACCGUUUGCCUGUGUUCCUAUCUUGACCAUCCCAUUGGCCCAGAAGAGCGUCACUCAGGCUCAGACAAUGCAUCCUUCCUUGGGAAUAGUCUAUAUCACUCCAAAGGAAACACAUCUCUGACUGUUAAACAUGAAUCCCAAGCCUGACCCAGCCUGUCCGGUUCCAGCCUGGUCAAGUUGUCAGAAAUCGUGAUGGGGCUGCCCAAGGAACAGAGUCAGCCGAAGAACCAACAUCAAAGACUCUUUCUUCAGAUGCCAAACCUGAUGAUGUUGGGAUCCUUUCAGAUAGAUGGAUAGGA